CAAACUCCUUGGAUGAUCAUCAUCAUCUCCUUCUUCAAUCAUCUUCUUCUCCACGAUUGACUUUUGUUAUUACAAAAAAGAUUACAAAUCCUUGAGGUUUUACUCAAAUGUAUUGCUAAUUAACCCAUCCCUCUAAUUUUCCCUCCUUCCACCAAAUAAACAAACAAAAAAAAGAUCAUUCUUUUAUUUUCCUUCAUCCCAGAUCUUAAUUGUUUUCAGACCAUUUCCGUUGUCUGAAUUUCGUCUCUCUCUGUUCUGGGUUCAUUUAAAUUUUUGAUUUUUCACAUCACCCUUGUGAAAAAGUUGGGAUUUUUCUGCUUGGUCGUUGGAGAAGAGAACCAAGUAUAUUAGAUUAUUAAGGAUUUGACUUUUCACUAGAAAGUGUCUCUCAUCAUUAUCAGGAAAUGAGAUCAGAUCAGAUCAUUAUGUGUUCUUUUGAUAGAUCGGUGAAGUGGAAAGCUUGAAUCCAUUUUCAUCUUGGAGAAAAUUGAUUUAGGAUUAUAAUAAGUCAGAGAGAGAGAUAUUUUUGAUGGGUAAUGUUUGUGUAGGACCAAAUCUCUCUGGAAAUGGUUUCUUGCAAACUGUUUCAGCUGCAUUAUGGAAGCCACGGAUCGGAGCUGAGCAAGCUUCUUCCCAUGGCAAUGGAGAUGUUUCCAAGGAACCAGCUUCUUCCCAUGGCAAAGGAGAGGUUUCCAAAGAAGCAGCUUCUUCCCAUGGCAAAGGAGAAGUUUCCAAAGAAGUAGCAGCUGCUUCAGGACCAGUACCUGAUCAAGUCCAGAAUAAACCCCCUGAGCAAGUUACUAUGCCUAAUCCUAGGUCCAUUCCCGAAGCUGAAACCAAACCCAAACCUGAAAAAGCCAAGCAGGAAGUUGUUGUGCAGGUGGAGUUAUCAAAACCAGAAACAAAGCCUGAGUCCAAACCAGAGCCAGCAAAACCAGAAACAAAGCCUGAGUCCAAACCAGAGCCAGCAAAACCAGAAACAAAGAGUGAAACCAAUCCGGAGACCAAACCUGAACCUAACAAGCCUAAACAUAUGAGGAGAGUAUCCAGUGCAGGUCUCAGAACAGAGUCAGUAUUACAGAGGAAGACUGAAAACUUCAAAGAGUUUUACUCACUGGGAAGGAAACUCGGACAAGGGCAAUUCGGGACAACGUUCUUAUGUCUUGAGAAAGGUACAGGGAACGAGUAUGCUUGCAAGUCCAUUUCCAAGAGGAAGCUUCUGACUGAUGAAGACGUUGAAGAUGUGAGAAGAGAGAUUCAGAUAAUGCAUCACUUGGCUGGUCAUCCUAAUGUUAUAUCCAUCAAAGGAGCUUAUGAGGAUGUUGUGGCGGUUCAUCUUGUGAUGGAGUUGUGUUCAGGUGGCGAGCUUUUCGAUAGGAUUAUUCAACGUGGGCAUUACACUGAGAGGAAAGCAGCUGAGUUAGCUAGAACUAUUGUUGGAGUUUUGGAGACUUGUCACUCUCUUGGUGUUAUGCAUAGAGACCUCAAACCUGAGAAUUUUCUGUUUGUUAGUAGAGAGGAAGAUUCUUUAUUGAAAACGAUCGACUUUGGACUCUCGAUGUUCUUUAAGCCAGAUGAGGUUUUUACAGAUGUUGUUGGUAGUCCAUAUUAUGUAGCUCCAGAAGUUCUUAGAAAGCGUUAUGGUCCUGAAUCAGAUGUGUGGAGUGCUGGUGUGAUUGUUUACAUUUUGUUAAGUGGAGUACCUCCUUUCUGGGCCGAAACCGAGCAAGGUAUAUUCGAACAGGUCCUUCAUGGAGAUCUUGACUUCUCAUCUGAUCCCUGGCCAAGCAUCUCUGAUGGCGCUAAAGACUUGGUGCAGAAAAUGCUUGUAAGAGACCCUAAGCGAAGACUAACCGCACAUCAAGUAUUAUGUCAUCCAUGGGUUCAAAUUGACGGUGUGGCUCCAGAUAAACCUCUGGACUCUGCUGUUUUGAGCCGUAUGAAGCAAUUUUCCGCCAUGAACAAGUUCAAGAAAAUGGCUCUUAGAGUCAUAGCCGAGAGCUUAUCUGAAGAAGAAAUAGCCGGUUUGAAAGAAAUGUUCAAAAUGAUUGAUGCUGACAAUAGUGGUCAGAUAACUUUCGAAGAACUGAAAGUAGGAUUAAAAAAAGUUGGUGCCAAUCUCAAAGAGUCAGAGAUUCUCGACCUUAUGCAAGCUGCUGAUGUGGACAACAGUGGAACGAUAGACUACAAAGAGUUCAUAGCUGCAACAUUGCAUCUAAACAAAAUAGAGAAAGAGGACCAUCUAUUCGCUGCCUUCUCCUACUUUGACAAGGAUGGUAGCGGAUUUAUCACCCCGGACGAGCUUCAACAUGCUUGUGAGGAGUUUGGUGUUGAAGAUGCCCGUAUAGAAGAAAUGAUGCGUGAUGUUGAUCAAGACGAGGAUGGACUAAUAGACUACAACGAGUUUGUGGCGAUGAUGCAAAAAGGGAGCAUCAUGGGAGGACCUAUGAAGAUGGGUCUAGAGAAGAGCAUUAGCAUAUCUCUGAAACACUAG